AUGAUCGUCAAUAUCUUGGUGAAUUCUCCUAAGGGAAGCUUGUUUCUUGAGUCCGUUUAUGAAAGCGACUCUUCGACUGAUUCAACCAAAAUGUACUCCUUGUUCAAGAGUACAAUAGACUCUAUUGGAGCAGAAAAUGUUGUUCAAAUUGUCACUGACAACGCCAGUGAAAAUGUUAAAGCUGGUGAUUUGAUGUCUGUUGUGUACCAGCAUAUCUAUUGGACUCCGUGUGCAGCACAUUCUGUUAAUUUGAUCUUUGGUGAUAUUUUCAAGGAAAGACCCUUCAGUACUGUCUUUAAUCAGGCAAUUAGAGUGCAUUCCUAUAUUGUUCAAAGGCCUUUAUUAUUGAACAUGAUGAAGAGAUUCACUAAACAAAGAAGCUUGGUGAAAUCUGCAAAGACAAGAUUUGCUACUGCUUUCUUGACUUUGGCUAGGAUGUAUGAGCAUAAAAGUAAUUUGAAGAAGUUGUUUGUUUCAGAUGAGUACACUAGCAGUGCCUAUGGAAGGGAAGCUCGAGGGAGAGAAUCUACAGAUAUUAUACUUUUCCUUCAUUCUGGAACAAUAUGGGAGCAAAGGCCACCAAUGGGCUACUUAAAAGAAGCAAUUGAUAGGGCAAAGGAGGCUAUUCAAGACUCUUUUAGUGAUCAAAGAAAAUACAAAAGAGACUUUGAGAUCAUAGAUAAAAGGUGGGAUAGAAAGCUUCAUAGCCCUUUGCAUGCAGCUGGACUUGUUUUGAACCCAGAACUGUUUUAUGCCAAUGAAGAGAGGAUUCUAGGAGAUGAACCUUUAAGGAAUGGAUAA